GAUUAGUUAUAUCAGUCUUUUGGGCCGUUUUGUCAGGGUGAUCUUUGUCCUUUUAUACUCCGAACUCCGCCAAAACUGCCACCUUUGUACAAAGGUCCACUUUCCAGCCACUCGCAUGUGAGCUAUUUCGGGGGUUCAGCAUCGCUGACGUUGCCCCUUGACCCUGAUAUCCUUACCACCUGGGCUGUGCGGCAUUCGCCCUACAUACGCCGCGGCGUGGGCGAUCUCAACCCCCCCGUCGCGUCCUGGACAUUCAGGCACCAGUUUCACGCUACAGGUUGAAAUUCUACAAUUCAUCGUGCUGGUCAAAUCACUAUUUGAAAUACGUCGUUUCUCCAAAGAUCAAUUCCGACACCUACCCUGUGACAACACGCAUGUAGCACCGAAUGCUGCUGCGUUGGAAUAGUUGUACGAAGCUCUUUUAAGUGCAACAAAAAAAAAUCGAGAUAUAUCCCACAAUGGCGGGCAUGGAGCAGUUGGAAAUCAACAGCAAGUCCUACAUUGUCCGAUGGGUAAAUGUCCAGGCCGGCCACACCAUCUCCUGGAGCAUCCAGCCGCAUAAGAAAUCAAUCUACUUUGCUCUCUUCAAGCAUCCGGGUGCCGGGGCUGCACCCAAUCUGCCAGCUUCGGGAAUCGAGCAGCGACCGACGACUUCAGCGGGGCCUUCUGCGGGCGAGCGUACACGUCAGGGCUCAACAUCACGCAGCGAUGGCUCUACCGUAGUCGAAAAGCUUCAGGCAAUUGGCCUGAAAUUAAUACUGUGGGUGGGGAAAUGUGACGCGGACAAGGUCUCCAUGGGCAAAUAUCCUGUUCCUGCCAACGAAGGUGGGAUGUAUGGACUCGUAUUUGAUAAUACCUUCUCGAAGCAAGCAUCGAAAACCGCUACCUUUGUCCUUCUAACGUACCCGACCAAUGCUCCGCCGCAGUCGAACCAUUUAGCCCAUCAUUUCAAUUCAAUGGCGGCUGCCACCCACACGCCUCCGGCGGGAAAGCAUAGUCCGCGCUUAGGGUCGUCCCUGGGCUCGUCUGACUCUUUACCUCGGGGUGAAGUGCUCAGUCAAGUGCCCUCACAACCUAGUGGGUCCGGCACCAUAUCUGGUGGAACACCCACUAAUAAUAACGCGGCGAUGUCUGCCGAUGGUAAUUUCCAUACCGGCUUCUUGCAAAAGCGAAGGAGGAAACGGCAUCAAGGAUUUGCGAAACGAUUCUUUUCGCUGGAUUUUACGUCAUGUACGCUUUCGUAUUACCACAAUCGGCAGUCGUCUGCCCUGCGAGGAGCGAUCCCGCUGUCUUUGGCAGCUAUUGCAACCAACGAGGAGACACGUGAGAUAUCAGUGGACUCGGGCGUGGAGCUUUGGCAUCUCAAGGCAAGUAAUCAGAAGGACUUUGAGGAAUGGAGAAACGCGCUUGAGAGAGCGUCCACAUCGGCUGUCAAUGAGGAACCUGAGCAAGAGGUUGGAUAUAAAUCGAAUCGGCUUUCGGCAGGCGAAUUCAAUCAAGCCGAUCGACGGGAUUGGGAACAGGCAGAGACACUAUUGAGCAAAGUUGCAGGCGUCCGGGACGCCAUACGAGGACUGGCCAGAGAUACCGAUCCCAAGUAUCUUCCCAGCUCCAGUCCCGGAGUUAGCUCUCCGAUCAUGACGCCAACGACGUUGCUGGAACCGAGCUCCGCUGAGACUCCCAGAGAAGAAGAGAGACGACCAUUUUGGAAGCGCAAGCCCAGCACGGCUAGUAACGGCACUGAAACUCGUCGUAGUAUUGCUAUGCACCUGGCCAUCCCGCAGGGCUCAGGAACGCCACGCUCCUCCAAUGGAAGCAUGCCGCCGCCCGUCGGAUUAUUUUCUCACUCGGACCAGGGGAUACAUGAGCGAUGCUUGUCCAUCCUGAGAGACCUCGAUCAUGUCGUUUCUGAAACUGCCACCCUCAUCUCGGUCAGCAAAAAGAGGCGACCGGCACUCAGUCCAGCGAUUUCUCGGCAUAGCAUUGACUCGACUGCUUCAGAUGAGUUUUUUGAUGCCGAAGCAGGCGACGUGGGGGAUUCAAAUCUCCUGACAAUUCGGCCAAGCAGUGUUGAUUUGGAAAGAGAUCGUCGCGGAGGUGAAGAAGAGGAGGAUGAUUUUAUUGAAGGGGAGGAAGAAGAAGACUCUGCUUCGAGCACCGACCUCGACCGGGACGAAAGCGUGGACCGGUCGAGCAUGGGACCAGUCAACAGUGUACUUUUCCCAUCUCGGCCAAAGUCACUAACACCUCUGCCGCUUGAACGAGUCAUGCGGCGACGAAACGUUCCUGCGCCGACUGUUCCUCCUCCAAGUCUCAUGGGCAUCAUGCGUAAGAAUGUCGGCAAGGAUCUGUCGAAUAUUGCCAUGCCCGUUUCGGCCAACGAGCCAUUAUCUCUGCUUCAACGCACUGCCGAGCAAAUGGAGUACUCUGAAUUACUCGACUCUGCCGUCGACGCAGAACCUUCUAAUGGCGCGCGGCUGCUGUACGUGACGGCAUUUGCCAUUUCCACCAUUUCGAGCGCUCGUGCGCGGGAAAGAGCUAUUCGAAAACCAUUUAACCCAAUGCUUGGCGAGACGUUUGAGCUUGUCCGCGAAGACAAGGGAUACCGCUUUCUCGCAGAAAAAGUCUCACAUCGUCCUGUGCGCAUUGCAUGCCAAGCUGAAGCAAAGGAAUGGACCUUUACAAGCUCGCCCAUGCCGACACAAAAAUUCUGGGGCAAGUCGAUUGAGUUUAGCACCGACGGCCGAAGCCGCGUUGUUCUGCAUUCGAGCGGCGCCUGUUUCAGCUGGGCUUCUGCCACCGUUUUCCUCCGCAACAUUAUUGCCGGCGAACGCUACACGGAACCCGUCGAGACAAUGACCGUUGUCGAUGAAUCCUCGGGCCAAAAGGCCCUCGUCACAUUCAAAGCCAAUAGAGGCAUGUUUUCGGGUCGCAGUGAAGACGUCAUUGUCCAAGCCUUUGAUGCACAGGGUGACCGUCUACCGCUCGGCCUGACGGGUAAAUGGACUUCACAGUUGGCACUGACGGGCGAUUCCCCCGGUGGCAGUGGCGGCGAAACCAUCUGGACGGCCGGCGACCUUGUCGAGAAUUCGCCGAGCCACUAUGGCCUGACUACUUUUGCAGCCAGCUUGAAUGAAAUCACACCCAUUGAGAAGGGACACGUCUGUCCCAAUGACACACGAUUACGUCCUGACCAGCGCGCCGUCGAGCAAGGAGAUCUCGAGGCGGCAGAGGAUCUGAAGAACCGGCUCGAAGUCGCCCAGCGCGUCAGAAGAAAGGAAAUGGAGGACAGUGAGACAGUCUGGACGCCUCGCUGGUUCGUGCCCGUACCGGUAAAUCAAAGCGGGGCCGGCACUAGUAGUAAUAACAAUGAUGUUGGCGGCGGUCAUGGUCAUCAUCACCGAAAUGCCAAUCACAACCAUCAUAAUCGUCAUGCCAGCAAUCACGGACAGGACAGUCCUGACCCCGCUGACGAGCAGGUCUGGCGUUUGAAAACGGGUAAAGAUGGGUACUGGGAGGAACGCGCACGCGGGUCGUGGGAUGGCGUCACGAGAGUUUUGGAGUAUUAGCUUUCACGUCCUUUCUCAAUUGACUCCUUUUGUCCACACUCAUAUCUACUGUAGAUUUCUGUCCGAUGUAUACAAUUAUAUGAAUUUAUUUACUGUCCU